AUGGCCGACAGGAGGGAGCUAUGGCGAUCCCUGGAGACAAUUUCCUUGCACUGCGUUGAUGUACCGUGGCUGGUUCGAGGGGAUUUCAAUGCAGUGCGAUAUAUUAGCGAAAUAUGUGGUGCAUCAGGUGACAUUCGAAUGGCAAUGGAGGAGUUUAAUAUUUGUAUCCAGAAUGCAGGAUUACUACCCUUACCCAUGCAGGGCGAAUGGUACACAUGGCAUAACUGCAGUGUGAGCCCACGGAAUCUUUGGAAAAGACUGGAUCGAAUGUUGAUUAAUGAUAGAUGGAUGGAACGGUUCCCAAACUCAUUUUACUCUAGCCUCACCACACGCACUUCAGAUCACUCACCGUUGGUGCUUUACGGGGAUAGACAACAGCAGCUUGGAGGUAUGUUUCGUUUCGAUAAUUACCUCACUCUCUCACCAAAUUUUAUCCCCGGUGUGCAGCGUGUUUGGCAACACAACAUUAUUGGGGUGCCUAUGUAUGUGGUAACACGAAAACUCAAAGCAUUGAAUGCGGUUUUCCGAGAGCAAAGGAGGAAAAAGGGGGACCUAACACACAAUGUACAACUAGCAAAAGGGUUUCUUGAGAUGGCGCAAACACUUGUUAGCUCAAACAAAGGAGAUGAGUUAUUCUUACAGCUGGAACACUGCUGUCGGAUAGUGUUCGCUAAAGCGGCCAAACUUGAACAGGUCAUGCUCAGACAACGAGCGAAAAUGCAGUGGAUGAAGGGGGGUGAUCAGUGUUCCCGGGUGUUUUUUCAUAAGAUUGCUCAAAGGACAUCGGCGAGGAGAAUUUUAGAAAUUACAGAUGAUCAAGGAGUAACCCACAUGGACCCGGGAGAGGUAACCAAUGAAUUUGUCUCCUACUACCAAAAUCUCCUAGGAGGGGAAAGACGACGAGAUGUGAUAGAUAUUCGGUUCCUACGACCUAAGGCCAGACAUCUACUAAAUGAGGAGGACACUAGCUCUCUAUUAUUGCCAUUCACCCCAGCUGAUGUUAAGCAGGCUGUUUUUGAUAUAGCUGAGGAUAAAGCGCCGGGACCGGACGGUUACUCCUCGGGUUUUUUCAAAGCUGCAUGGCCAAUAGUGGGUUAG